AUGGCAUCAAGGAUUUUAACUGCAGGGCCCGGAGCUGUUCUCGCCCAUCGACCUCGUCAAGCUCACCAGGCCGGGGACAGCCGUUGCGAACUCCGCCGGAGACCUCUGCAUCGUAUCACUCAGCAAGCAUUCGCUCGACGACAAGAAGUGAGCGACCACAACGUCGCAGGCAACGCACAGGCUGACAGCGUCGGACAAGAAUCACAAGUCGAUCUUCAUCGCGCCCAUCGAGUCGUCGGCCUGGCCUCUGGAAGUCCCGCUCGCCAACGGCGGCGAUGUGUUCUGGCUGGACACGCGUACUAUCGCCCACGCCUCGAUGAGGGCGAAGGUAAGGACAAGGUGAAGGCUCUCUAUGGUUGGUCUGUCAAGUUCGAGGCCGAGAGCAGCGGUGCCACUGUCCUCAGCACCCCCGAGAGUCCCGUGCUGAUUGGCAAGUUCCCGACGGCGUCGGCCUCCAACUUCAGGUUCAGCGGCAAAUCAAACUUCCUUGUCUUUUCGGACAACGUCUUCCCCGAUGGCGACCUUAGGACAGUCAAGAAACAAGAUGAGGAAUGGGAGAACCGUGGGGACACGGCGUUUGUGUAUGACGAGACGUUCGAGAGACAUUGGGACGAGUGGGUCGGUCCGAAGAGGAGCACGCUGUUCUCAGUCACGUUGAGCAAGGGCAAGGACGGCAAAUGGGCAUUGGGAGAGAAGUUCGUGAACCUAUUGAACGGUACAAAGCAUCACACUCCUGUCGAACCAUUUGGUGGCACAGAUGACUUUGACGUGUCCAGCACGCAUGUUAUCAUCUACAUCGUCGAUAUCGAGGGCAAGUCCAAGCCUCAGGAGCUAACGCCUGGCAAGCAGGUCAGCAGGGCGACAAGGCAGCCUGGGCCGAGCUCGAUCGGCGAAUUCAACAAGGACAUCAAGGUCGAGCAGUUGACCAAGUUCACUGCGGAUGCUCUCAAAGGGAAGACGUUGAAUGCCGGCGAAGACUUCUACUUCGAUGGGGUGGAGCACAAGAUCCACGGCUGGAUCGUGAAGCCACCGGGGUUCAAGGCGGGCGAGAAGAAGUAUUCGGUCAUCUUGCUCAUUCACGGUGAACCUCAGGGUGCCUGGGAGGAUCGGUGGUUGACCAGUUGGAACCCUCAAGUGUUCGCUCAGCAGGGCUACUUCACUGUCGCCAUCAACCCCACCGGCUCGACGACAUUCGGCCAGGAGCUCACUGGUGCAAUCCGGGAGAACUGGGGCAGCAAGCCUUUCGACGACUUGCGGAAAGGAUGGAAGUAUGUCCUCGACAACUUCCCCGAGGUAGAUCCCGAUCGGGCAGUCGCGACCGGUGCCAGUUGGGGAGGCUACGCCAUUAACUGGAUCCAAGGACAUCCUGAGUUCGGCUUCAAUUUCAAGGCUUUGUUCUGCCACGAUGGUGUCUUCGAUGCUCGCUACGACGGCUACGUCGGCUAGUCUACCGACGAACUAUUCUUCAUGCGUGUCGUGCCACCUUUGACUGGUUUGACUCGCGCGCCCAUACGAUUCCUCUAGUUUAACACAGAUUUUGGCGGCCGUCCAUGGGAUCCGAAGGCCCAGGAAACGAUCAAAAAGGUUUUUCCCCUCUCCCUCGUGCACCAUGAUGACGACUAAUUCCGCUGGAUAGAUACAAUCCCGUGGAGUUCGUUUCCAACUGGUCUACGCCGAUGUUGAUCGUCCAUGGUGGCAAGGACUAUCGCCUCCCCGUGACUGAUGGUAUCGGUGCUUUCCACGCUCUGCAAGAGGAAGCGUCUUGUUCUCUCUGGCUUCUAUGGCUCCGCUCAUGCUUCCUAUAGGCUUGGCGUUCCCAGCACGAGGCCCACGGGGUGCAAAAUCACGGUAACAGGUGGGUCUCUGCGCAGUUAGUCGCGUUUAUCGAGCCCUGCUGACACCUCCGGUGGCCUGAAGUGGUUCUACGAAGUAUUCCGUUGGUUUGAACAGUACAUUGGAGAGCAUUAAAGCGCAUGGGCCUCGAGUACUAUUUCCUGCACCGCCCGCGUUUGUAACAUUAGGACAGGAUUAGAAUAGAAUACUCUUGGCUGUGGACGAGUUCUAUCUGACUGUGUGCUGUGUGUUGUGUGGCGCCGUCUGAGAGG